AUGGCAAAGAAACAAAAGCGAGGGGGUGCUUCAACCCCGAGAGGUGGGAGGGGUGGAAGGGCUGGCUUUCGUGGAGGUGGCCGAUUCGCACCACAGAUCACGAACACACCACUAAACGGUUCAUACAUGAGCCUUGCCGAAGAGGCACGGCAAACUUCCAGGCAAAAUCAUUCAUUCUGGGAGCAGGGUUCCAGCCUCCGUAGCAGGCCAGUGAAAUUUGUCAGUGCUGGGACAAGCGAGCCGCUGAAGCAGCUCGAUGAAGAAAUUGUCAAAGCAGAUGAUGCGCAGUUGGUCCGAUCUCUCCACGGAGAAACCACGCCGCAAGUACCGGGUGCAACAAUCCCCAGUAUCCCAAUCAGCAAUCCCGCACUUGACGAUGAGUCGAAAACGGCCCCGGCAUCUCCAGCAGAAUUGCCCCGCAAUGAGCCAGAUAAGUCCUUGGCUGAUGAAAGUUCGGCUGAUAGCAUAAUUGGUCCUGAAGAAUUGGAACAGGGACUUCAAUCCGAUGGACCUGCAGAGGCCGAGCCGGCUUCUUAUUGCAUCGACUUGAAGGGCGACACUGAAAAAUCCACUGGACCUAAGUUGCCUCUGGUACUACCUGAACAUCCAGAGCUGGACAAAGACACCUCCAGCGAAGAGGAAAUUCUGCUUUUCAAAGGCCGAGACAAACCACGGGUGCCCCCACAGCCAACGACGAUUUCAGUGACACAAAUGCAGACUGAAAUAAGAGUUGUAGAGGAGCAACUCGAAGCCAGUUCACAACGUCAGGGUGCUAUCGAGGUCCCUAAGAAAACUAGUCGUGAGAGGAGACGCAAUCAGAGGCAGCAGAAGCAUCGACAUAACAAUGAUGAGGACGAGUUGAUAGCGGACUAUGUCGCGAACAUGCGAGAGAACGGGGAGAUGCCUGACAUUCUACUCCCAACCCCUCUCAGCCGGCGAGAUUUGGGAGGCUCACCAAGCCCUAUCGUGUCAGACGGCACUGACGAUGAAGAUAAUCAGAAGAGUCAGGCUUCUGCUAAAGAUCAGACUGGUGGAAACGACACAGGAGAGGGAGAAUCAAGCACCAAAGCUGAUCAGUAUGCGUCGGAGAGCGAGCUUGAUGAUGAGGCUCUUGCAAACCUCCUUUCUCAAGGCCAGACCACCUAUCCUCUUGAAGGUAUUGUUGCAAGCUCUUCAAGUUCCAGUGACUCGGAUGAAUCCGACACAGGCCCCUUCCGAACUACCGACGCGGAUGAUCUUGAUAUGUACAUGGACUGGGAACGCCCGAGUUUGCUUGCACAAAGCAAGAGACGAAAAAAGAAAUCCGCUCUCGGUCGGAUAAACUACACUGGCUCCGACCCAGAGAUCGAGCAACGAUUACAACUUGCAUGGAACAGCGAUCGACUUAAAAAGGCGGAACGCAAGAAACAACGUGAGGAGUUGCGGGCACUUGGUCAGCUUGGUAAAAAGACAACGUCUCCUGGGGACUUGAGAGUCAAGUACCCGGAUGGUAUGACUAUUGACCAGAUUACUGAGGAGCUGAAGGGAUUUCUGCUCGAUUCAGAACCAACUCUCACAUUUCCACCCAUGGACACUCACGGACGCAAAGUGCUCCAUGAGCUUGCGAACAAAUUCAAUAUCAAAUCCAAGUCCACCGGCAAAUCUGAUCAACGCCGAACAACGCUGUAUAGAAACAACAGAACACUCCCAUUCACAGAGCCAAAGUUUGACCAGGCCGUCGGAAGAAUACACCGAAAGUAUUUCCCACGACUCGACACCAAAGGUAAAAGAGCGCCGCGGACUCAAGCCAAUAAAUCUGGCCACGCCGCCGCGAGCUACCACGAGGGCGAAAUUGUCGGUGCAGCCGCUCCAGAAUUGGGCAGCGAAAACCGCGGCCGCGCCAUGCUGGAGAAAAUGGGUUGGAGCAGUGGAACCGCGCUGGGUGCUAUGCACAACAAGGGUAUUCUGCAACCAGUUGCGCAAACGAUGAAAAAGGGCAAAGCAGGUCUUGGCUAA